UAUUGUGUUUAACGUCAUUUCAGCUUGAAUUAUAACACAGGAGAUGGACUAAAGGAAUCAUACUGAAAGGUUUAUUCUGAGGCAACAUUUUCUGUAAUGACCAGGAGAAAUCAGGAAGGGUUUCAAGUGCAAACUGAGUGAUACAUUUUAUGCAUUAAAUAUUUCCUGUUUGAAGCUGGUGGUCUUUGAUAGCUGCUUUGUAAUCGUACCUUUAAAUGGGUCUUUUUCAUCUGUUUUUUUACUUUAAAUUAUGGUUUUGCUUGGCUGCACCGUGCAACCUGUCUCUAUAUUUAUUGACCUCACAGACUGAGACAUCGUUUCUUUCUGUGCGUGACAAAACUUUACCUUGAGUUUUAGAGCAACAGGAUAUGCAAUCAAUCGGAAAGAGCAGUUUGUGGUUACAUCAUGGAAAUCUGAAUAUUUCCACUUUUUAAACCUAGUAAAACAUAAAUAUGAACUCAUUAAAACACAAGCACAGAUCGACGCUAUUUCCUGAAUUACAGUUACAUUGAAUUUCUUAAUUGGAUUUCUGAAAAAAUCUUUGCUGCUGCUUAUUUCCUUCUUAUUGCUGAGUCGGCGCUCCAGUUUACGCUCCGUAUUCUAAAGGUCGACAAAAAAGUGUGUCAACAGGUCACGACUGGAGACGUCUUCUGUGACGCAGACUUGAUGCUACAUGCUGCUCUUUCAGUUUUAUUUAAGAUAACAGGACAGAUUUACAGAUCAAUGAAUGAUCUGGUUUGGAACCCAGUUACAACUGGUUGGUUUAGAACGUAUCUGCAGCCUCAGAGGGAUUCACUCCCACAUCCGGCACAAUAAGGGGGGAACUUGAUCUUCCAAUCACAGAACCAGGAAAUGUGGAUGACCGAAGGAAAAUAUGAUGCCGAAACUUCUCAAGGAGACAUGAGGCAUUGUAACCAAUUUUCCAAAGACAUGGUUUAUACUACAGUAUCACUGACAUGGAGCCACAUUUAUGUAUUGCAUAAAAAAGCAAACUCUUCAAACAGUCCCUCAGGGAUUCAUCCUGAGCCCUUUUUCUUUCUUCUCAACAACCUCAUCAGGAGUAGUUGACUGCCGAUUAGACACUAUUCUGGUUUUAUGUUUGUCAAUAACAUCCUGGAAAUCCUGUGAUAAUUUCUUAUUUAUUUUUUGUCAAAGUAUGAAGGCUUGUCAUUAAAUGUCUUUAGCCUGUUGGCACAGAUUAAUAAACAGUGAGAUUACAUAGCUGACAAAGAGGCUGCUUUCAGUUUGAUAGCUGAUACCGAUUACAGAUUUGGCACAUAGGUUCACAUGUCUCUGGACAACCGAAUGCUGUGACAAAGCCAAAUGUUACAUAAUGUCUUCAUUUGUCUUUCUAACAAUUGCCGUGAGUUGAAAGAUUAUUGUUGUAAUAUUAUACGUCCCAUUUAUAUGGUACAUCUUACUCUGGUGCAUUUUUGAACUCAUUUGAAGGAAAACAGCAAAAUAAGAUGCAAAUUAAAGCUAAUUUCCAUUUAAAGAUACAUUAGUAAAAAUGCUGCCUCGGCCGUCGGAUCGCAAAUUUGACAGUGACAUCGCAGCUGAUUAAAGUAAUUUCCUGUUGCAACUCAGAAACACUAACAGACUAACACUGCAAAAAAAUUAUGUGAAAGUCAGUUUACGGAUUUGUAUUUUUGUUUUGCUAAUUAGAUCCAGACCAAGGUAAUUUUUGCAAUAAUCACUUAUUUUGUUUUUAAACAUAAUAGUUGCAGCUGAAACACACUCUUUUAUGCCAACCAUUAUCUGAAUAUGAAUUAGACUGUAAAGUUUAUGUGUUGCACAACAUCACAACAAUUAAUCUGCUACACUAACUUGUAAGCAGAGCCGCUGUGAGGUUUUUCCCUCUCAGGGAAAUAAUAAGUCACUUCCAGUUCUUGACCCUCCAGGGAACUCAUGUGCAAACACUCACACAUGCAGUCAGAGGAAAUUUUAUACAGAAGCAUAAUUAAAAUAUUUUUGGACAAAUGGACGUCAUCACUCGUCACUCCUUGACUGACAGGUUAUUUCUCUUUGUUUUAACGACACUAAACAAACAAAUAAGUAAUGACCUGUGUGUGUGUGUGUGUGUGUGUGUGUGUGUGUGUAUAAGCGUAUGAGCCGGGGUUUUUUGGUUGUCCUAGAUUCUUGGAGUGGGGGCGGAGGGUUGUUUUGUAUAAAGGCCAGAGACACUCUAACAUCUUCACAACAGCACCUGCUGACAGGUUGGUGAACACACUCUCAGCAGCAGCAGCUGAAGCAGAUGUGCAACCUCUUUCACCUGCUCUAGAUCUUUGUCACAUUUCUGCUUCUUUCUUUCAGCUGAAAGGUCUCUGCUCUCCAGGAACGGAUCAACAUCAGUAACCUGCCCGCACCAUGAAGCUCGAUAACGCCACAAUUGCCUCCUGCCUACGUUCGGCUGCCACCGCUCUCGCCGUCCUGUUUCUGAUUGCCUGGACCGAGCAGGUGGUGUCGCACCCUGUGCACCGCUCCCCGCCGCUGAAAGACCCAAAGACGCAUCAAGCGGUCCGAGAAAUGUCACAGCAUGCUCAGAGAAAAGAGCUGGAGGAGGACACCAGCAUCAGACUGAUGCCCAGAGCCAGCGCUGACCAGAACCACAUGGAGAUCUGCUGCCUCCAUGCCAACAUCCUCAACUUCUACCUGAACAACAUCCUGCACAAAUACAGUUAUGAGCAUCCCAGCAUGCACCAGCUGAAGACUGACCUCCACCGCGUCAGCGAGGACCUGCAGGAUCAAGGCUGUAACCUCACCCACUACCAUAACCAUCGUCACACUGUUGAGUUUCGCAGGAAGCUAGAAAAGAUGGAGGGCGUGCGCGGCAUCAACAAAGCAGUGGGAGAGAUUGACAUCCUUUUCACAUACCUGCAUGAUUACUGCGAGGCGCCCAAACCCUUCGCCAACGCCACCAAUGACGCCGACAAUGAUAACUGAUUCCUCAACUGCUUCCUUCCAAACAUAUUUAUUUUAUUUAAACUUUUAUAGCAACAACUUUUGUACUUUUAUUUAUUGGUCUAUUUAAUUACAGAUCAUUUAAAAAAUAUUUAUACUGACACAUACGUUUUUGAUCAGUUUAUUGAUCCGUGUGUUUAAUACCGGACCUGAAAAAGUUCUGGUGUUCAUUAUGUUGUUGCCAUAUUAUGGCUGGUUUUUAUAUAAAAGAAGUUACAGUAUUUGAGUGUUAGUCAGGUUCGUUGUGCUCAUUUAA